UCUCUCUUUUCCAUACACUCGCUCUUAUUAUUAGCGUUCACGAGUUUUUAUCCUCUAUCGUUCAUUCCAAACCUAUAAAUAACAUUUCAUGCUUAAAAUUUGUGGAAAUAAAAAAUGGACAAUUUAAACCAUUGACAACAUCAAAAGUUAAUAUAUGUACAAUCUUCAAUCAAGUAUUUCUUAUUAAAACCUCUAACCAAAAAAAAAGCCUUGUUGAACAUUCAAUGGCUUGUGUUUACGCUUCUCAUGCAUACAUAUCAAUCCAUAUAGUAACCUUUCUUCUCCUCUCGCGGUGGCCAUCUACCAAUGCAAAGUCCAACAUUGCUAGCCAUUUAUCAACGAAACCAAAGACAUGUCCAUAUCCAUCAUUGCUGAUAUCAAAGGCUUGUAAAGGCACCGCGUCAUUCUCGUCCCUAGAAGAAGCAUGUAUCGAAUCCCUAACGUUAGAUCACCGCACAAACUCUGCAUCGACUGCAUUGGAGUUGGCUAAGGCCGCCCUUUCUAUAGCCAUGGAAAAGGCAGAGCAUACGCAGUUUCUCAUUGGUUCUCCGAAGAAGCCAUGUUUCAAGAGUUGUAUGGAGAACUAUAAGGAUUCUGUAGUCGAGGGGCUAAUGAAGGCAGAGUGGUCGAUAGGAAAAGGUGAUGUCGAUGAGACCGAUGACCAACUUAGUCUUGCACGUGAUGCUGCUGACUACUGCAAUAUGAUUUUGUCUGUUGAUCCAGAUGAUACAAGAUCCCUAGUUUUUGCGGCCAACAUGGAUGUGUAUAAUCACAUUACGUUUGUGAUGAGUGUAGCAGACUUGCUGUAGAUCAAUCUCAAAGUUCCAUUUACAUUUACAAUAUUAUUUUGUAUAUCACACUUGAGUUUAUUCUUAGAACUUCUCUUUGUCGUGUUAUAUAGUGAUAAACUCGUUUCACUAUAUAUAUUUCAUGUGUUGAAAAAUUAUAAUUUACGAGACCAUGAUACGUGUCCAUAAAUCGAUUAGAUUCAAACACAUAAAAUAUAUAUUGAAAAU